ACAGGCCUUAAUCAAAAUUGGGCAUUGGGUCUCUCUGAUUUUGGGGUGAGCUUGGGCUGACGUAUGAGGCAGAUCCUAGAUGCUAUUGAACCGACCCAAACCCGAGCCGCUCGAUCCAUCGCGCCUCCGAAAUCUGAAUAGAAUGACGGAGGGAAGGAGACAGGUAUAGGACACACGGGCGCAUGGAAUUGUUUUGCAGAGUUGCUUCUCUGUGAUUGAGAUAUGUUUUGAGUGUUGGAUUUUAAAAUAACAACGAUAUCAGACAAAGCAUGGAGGAGAUGGACAUUGAACAGGUUGUGGAUAUACCUGAUACUCCUGAUAGGUUAACUGCACUACAUGUCAAUAAUGCACAAUCAGGAAAAGAAAGUAAUUCAUCUGUAGUCGGUCCUUCAAGAACUUUUGAUUUUAUGGAUAAAGAAUGUUUCAACCAGCCAAGGGCGAAGAGCAGGCUGAUAGGUGAAGAUGGGUAUGAUAGAAGACUUCGCUUAAAUCCUCAAAGAAUUGCUGUCAUGACGAAUGAAUUUGGGCCUCGCAAUAAAUCUGUUGCUUUUUCUUCAUUAGAAAAUUACUAUCCUUCCCAAAAUGCUCCUCUAUUUAGAAGAGUAGCAAUGGCCAAUAGCUCCAAGCCUGGAACUCGACUUUCUAUUGGAAUGCAACAUAUGGACAAAGGGAAAACUGAAUGCACUGAAAUUCCUUUGAGAUCAACUGUAUGUAUAGAAAAGGAUGCUACAUUUGACAUGGCUUUUCCAUGCAGGGCAUCAAAAACUCUGCUGGCUGAAGAGACAAGAGAUGUUCAAGUAUCAUCUAAUGUUGGCUCCACCCUACAAUUUGCCCCUAUGACAUCCAGCAAUGCCUUUAAGGGGAAGGAAAAAAUAGUUGUGAAUGCAUUUAAUGGUUCUGGUUCAACUAUAAAUCAUGGAAAAGGGAUUGAUCUCACUGGUGGUUCUCAACCUAAAAUUGAAAAACAAAUUUCUGCUUCUCAUCUAUCUGCUACCUCACCAAGAGUAAUGGGGCAAAAAGCACUGGUGCGAAAUGGCUGUAUUUCUCCGCAUUAUAUAUCCACUAGGGCACCAAAAUUGGCUGAUAGUCACCAAGUUGGUUCCACUGAUGUUGGAAAAGAUCACUCUAGUACCAUGGUUUCUGAUGGUCCAUCUGAGGUAGAUAUCAGGGAAAUAUUCAAUGAAGAGAACAAUUAUCAUAGAACUAAAGGAAAAGGGCUGAUAAUUCAUCCAUCUUCGUCAAUAAAGCAUAACGAGAAAAUUGUUCAUGCAUCCACUAGUUUUGGGACUAAUAAUAAAGCAGCUAAUGAAACCAGCAAUGCCAGCAGAGAUGCACUAUUAGGUGAUUGGAGAAAUACGCACAACCGUGCAAAGAAAAUACAUCAAACAGAAGGUGAAGAUGUAUGCUUUAUUGAUGAGCUGGAAGAAAACAAAGUGAUAAGAAGAAAUAAUGGGAAUGGAAAUGUUACCAAGAAUACACAUGAUUCUGGAGAUCAGGGUGAAGGCCAAACAGCUUCCAGGCUUGCAUCUGUUCUCAAUCAAAUAACUCAACCCCAUCAUAUUGGGAAUAUACAUAGUAAAAGGCAGAAGAAACAUGGAUUGACUUCAAGAAAUCACAAUGAAUGCUCUAUAAUGGUUACUGAUGACCCAGAAAUCUUGUUCCUUGGUUCAUCUGAGGAGCCAUCUAGCUCAAGAUCAUCCAGAACAUUGAAUAGACAACAAAAGGGUAUUUUUGAACCAACCUAUGAAAUUGAUGAGUUGGUACCUGAAAUGAGAAACAACUCCUCUCCAGGAUUAGGUUCCAUUAAUGAUGAAUCAGAUGCCAGGGCAAGACAAGUAGAAGCAGAUGAAAUGUUGGCUCGUGAACUCCAGGAACAAUUGUAUCAUGAGGCGCCAAUAAUUGGAGGCAGUGAGAUUGAUGAAAAUAUAGCGUGGGUACUGCAGCAGGAGGAGGAUACAUUCCGCACUGCUUCUAAUCAAAAUCAACCUAGGCUACGUCUUAGGAGCUCAUCAUCUACAAUGCACGCAAAUAGACAACCCCAGCCACUGUCCUUUCAGACUCCUUCAAAUAGAAGAGGAGCCCAGGCUCAAGUUCCUGCUACUAGAAUAUCACAAUUGAGGAAUCGCUUGUUGAACCUAUCUCCUUCCAGAGCCAGGAACCACUCUCGUACAGCAUUAUCUAGGGCCAGGAGUUUCCAGUUUCCUUUGGACAUGGACUUAGACAUGAGACUUGAUGUAUUGGAAGCAUUUGAGGAUGCAGUAGGGGAAUUCAGUGAUAUGAGUGUGACAGCUAAUCGCAUGCUUCAAGUUCAGCGUGAUUUCAACGAGAAUGAUUAUGAAAUGUUGUUGGCCCUUGAUGAGAACAAUCACCAACAGGGCGCAUCGGUCAAUCAAAUUAACAGUUUGCCGGAGUCUGUGGUACAGACUGUUAACUUUGAAGAAACUUGUGCAAUCUGUCUAGAAACCCCAACCAUCGGAGAAACUAUACGUCAUCUUCCUUGCUUGCACAAAUUUCAUAAAGAUUGUAUUGAUCCAUGGCUCAGCAGAAGAACAUUAUGCCCAGUUUGCAAGUCAUCCAUAACUUGAUGUGCGCUAGAAAAUGUCAGUGCUUUGAUUGUCAUAUGCUUCUUCAGGUCAAGUCAAAAUAUGGAAGCCAUUUUUUUCAAAGGUAAUCAUAAGUAUAGUUUCUGUUAACCAGCCCUCUGGAGCAUCACAUAACAGAAACUGUGCAAUUGUGUUAAACAAUAGAUUUAGUCAAUGUGUUAAAGGAGUAAUGAAUUUUUAGCAUAGAUGGUGUUGAUGACAUUUCCUUCAGUAACUCUGUUUGAUUGAUACGUGUGUUCAUGUUGAGCAUUGUCCUGGUAAUUCACAAGCAGAACCACCGACCAAUGGAUUUCUGAUGAAGUGGUUGAGAAUUUGGGGCAAAAAGAAAUAUGGAAGCAAAGUGCAAUCUUGCAUGUCCCUGUUUCAUUUUGUGCCAUGUCUUUGGUCUUCUCCAACCUCGAAUUUCAAGCAGGAAUUAUUUAUGUGCAAGGAACAUCCACAGCCGUGUAUUUAUUCUUUGUUUCAAUGCAUGCCUCUAGACUGCCAAAAAUUGAAUA